CUUCCCAUCCCCUGCACGGGAAGCCGGUUGCUGCUGCGGGUGGACGUGCUCCUUGGGAGGGGCCUUCUGCUAAGGCAAAUAUGUUUCACCUUGUACAGCGAUGUUGUUCCCACAUACCUUUAAAACUCCAGAAGUUGACCCUUCACAGACUACUACAGUAUGGAAGGAAUAAGACCAUUUGUUCUUCUCCUCCCAGUCUCCCUCUGCAGAGAGUUCUUUCCCGUCCGUCGAGAUCUCAGUUCCUCAGCCAGGCCUCGGCCUGUGUAACCAAGGCCCAGGAAUUCCAUUGCUCCCUCCGGUGCUUAAAGAAAAAGAAACCACAAGAACCUGAACCCCAACAACUGGGGCUUCUGCGCCAUGAUAUGAGGUCACUAAAGGACUCACCAAAGCCUGCCGUUUACCUGGGCCUUGCAGGGUUGAUUCCAUUUGUUUCAGUGCCGGUGAUAAUGGCUAUCCAACAGACCUACUACCCUGAGCUGGCAUUUGCUCAAAUGACAUAUGGGGCCACUAUAGUCUCUUUUCUAGGAGGAGUCAGGUGGGGAUUUGCUCUCCCAGAAAAUAGCCCAGCCAAGCCUGAUUGGAUGAACUUGGGGAACAGUAUAGUUCCCCCUUUAUUAGCCUGGUUUGCCAUACUUUUUAAAGAUGACCUCACUCAAGCUGCAAUCAUGGUGAUAAUUGGUUUAGGGGUAGCACUGCAUUAUGACCUUGCCGUUCUUCCUACUUAUCCCAGCUGGUUUAAAGCCCUAAGGGUAUUACUAACAGUGGUGGCAAUAUUUUCAUUGGUAGUCACCUUGGGACUUAUGGAUGUUUAUCCAGAGAAGCAGCUAAGUAACAGUGCAAGUAAAAGUAAGUGAAACAUCAUAAACCAGAUAAGUAACAGUGCAAGUAAAAAUAAGUGAAACAUCAUAAACAGACAAGAAUUUUUUUUUUCUGUCAAGCCACUGCAGAGUUUUGUAUGAAGUUCUAAUAGGAGUAAAACUCCUUAGCUUCUCUAUGCUUCCAGGUCUACAUCCAUGAGUAGAAAUCAGAAAACAGCAGCUUGCAAGAUGCUUACUUUGGGAGCAACCAGUUUCCAAGCAAGUUGUUCCCACAUACCUUUAAAAGUAAGUUUCUAAUGUGUUAUCUACUUUAUCCUGAAAUAGCUUUCAAAACCAAACCAAACAGGAGGCAAAGCAUCUUGGGUAUAAAACACAGUUGGUUCAAAGUUUACAACAGACUGAGGUUUCAUUUUAUCAUAUUUAUUUUUUUCCAAAGGAACUUUUCUGAUUUAUAUAUACAUUAUUCACUCUCUUUAGCUUGUUUUCAAGGCAGUAUGCAUCUUCCCUUAUUUGUACAGCAAGAGCCCAAUCCUGACUGAGAUCUUUGGGUACUACUGUAAUAUACAUUUAAAUGUUUGGGAAUAGAUUGAACUGAUGUAUUAUAAAGAAUAAUCAUUAAAACAAGGAUGGGUC